UCUUAGCGUAUAACCUAAUAUUUUUGUAAAAUUGCGACUUUUAAAAUUGAUUGGGAGUAACAUGGUGAUUGUGAUUAACAAAUUAAAGUGAAUUAUAUCUGAAAUAUUUCUGUAUAAUAGACUCUUUCCAUUCUCGUUAAUUCCUCUUAUCGAGUUACAGUACAUUAAUUAUAAGCAACUUUUAUUUGUUUUUUUUAAUGGUACAUAGUUCGUAUUAUUAAUUUUUAGGUACAUACAAAUACUUCAUAAUGAUGGCAGUGUCGAUCAAUGAAAUCUGUGAAAAUACAAAGUUGGCUCGUGAAAUGGCAUUAACCGGAAACUAUGAUACAUCUGGAGUUUAUUAUCAAGGUGUUGUACAACAAAUUCAUCGAUUGCUGGCAAGCAUCGCAGAUGCUACGCGGAAAGCAAAAUGGCAACUUGUCCAGCAUCAAAUUGUACAAGAAUUUGAAAAAGUAAAGGCAACAUCGAAUACCUUACAGCUCUUUAAAGUAGAAGCACACGGAGAAAGAUUAUUGGGUAUUAUUAACGGUACUUCGUGUUUAUCGUUCGAAGAACCCACUAGAGAUCCAACUUUAUGGAGCUAUAAUAAUUCGGAUGCAUCAUGGAAUCAGGCUUUAGGAAGAGAUCCAGAUGUAUGGCCACCUUUGACACCCGUAGAACAAAAAAAUAUUAGACCACUGAAACAUCAAUCGAAACAACAAAAUCGGACGAGUGUACGAAAAUCAAUCGUUACAGGAAAGAAAUCAGACGCUAGAACAAUUGUUAAGAAAGAUGAGAAAAAAGUGUCGAGAAAAGACGACAUAAAUAAAGAAAAGUCAGAAACCGAAAAGGUUGAUGUUGAAGUAGAAGAACGAAAAUUUGAACCAUCUGGCAACGAUAAAGAUCUAGUAGAUUUAUUAGAGAGAGAUAUUGUUCAAAAAAAUCCAAAUAUUCAUUGGGAUGACAUAGCUGAUUUACAUGAAGCAAAACGACUAUUGGAAGAAGCUGUUGUUCUUCCAAUGUGGAUGCCAGAUUUCUUUAAAGGAAUUCGUCGGCCUUGGAAAGGAGUACUUAUGGUUGGACCCCCAGGUACUGGAAAAACAAUGCUUGCAAAAGCAGUAGCCACCGAAUGUGGGACAACAUUUUUUAAUGUAUCAUCUUCUACUCUAACAUCGAAAUACAGAGGAGAAUCAGAAAAACUUGUUCGUCUUCUUUUUGAAAUGGCCAGAUUUUAUGCACCUAGCACAAUCUUCAUCGAUGAAAUUGACUCUCUAUGCUCUAGAAGGGGAUCCGAAUCCGAACAUGAAGCUUCUCGACGUGUGAAAUCUGAACUUCUUGUUCAAAUGGAUGGUAUAAGCUCGAAUAGAACAAGGGAGACUAUAUUUUGUAGCGAAGACCCAAGUAAAGUCGUGAUGGUAUUAGCAGCAACAAAUUUUCCAUGGGACAUCGACGAAGCUCUUCGUAGACGAUUAGAAAAACGUAUUUACAUUCCAUUACCGAAUCACGAAGGUAGAGAAGCGUUAUUAAAAAUUAAUCUACGCGAAGUAAAAGUAGAUUCGUCCGUGAAUUUAGCAAUUAUUGCAAAAAAGUUGGAAGGUUAUUCUGGUGCAGAUAUUACAAACGUUUGUAGAGAUGCAUCUAUGAUGUCUAUGCGAAAGAAAAUUGCUGGUCUAAAACCUGAUCAAAUCAGACAACUACCGAAAGAAGAAUUAGAUUUACCCGUAUCCGCGGCAGACUUUGACGAAGCCGUGGAAAGGUGUAAUAAAAGCGUUUCUCAAGAAGACUUGGAAAAGUAUGAAAAAUGGAUGAGUGAAUUUGGUUCAUCUUGAUAUUGUUUCAUUCAAAAAAUUUAAUAAUUACGAAGAACUCAUUCGUUCGAAUUAGAAUUGUGAAAUUUUAUACGCGUCGAUAUUGAUAUAUACAAUAUAAAUAAUCGCUUA